AUCUAGAUUCUAGUUACCCAAAGUCAAAUAUGGCGACUGAGUCUGUCACAGAUCUGAGAGAAAAGCUGUACAAAUCUAACAAUCGUCCUAAAGAAUUUACGAAAAAAUCAAAUAACAAGCACAAGGGAUAUUUUAACAGAGGAGUACCGCGAUCCAAAUAUGAUGACUACAACACAGAAGAACGCGAAGAAGAACUUCAAAGAGUAAAGUCUGGAAUACAACAACAAAAAUUAUUUUCAGCAGAUGACUGUUCAGAGAUUGAAAAGAAAAUAGAUAAAGUAGUCAAGUUAAGUGAUAUUGGCCUGUACAAGGAACAUACAGUAGAUAGGGCACCUUUAAGAAACAAGUAUUUCUUUGGAGAAGGCUACACCUAUGGGUCACAGUUAACCAAGCGUGGUCCUGGCAGUGAACGCCUGUAUAGCAAGGGUGAUGUGGACGAGAUACCAAAGUGGAUACACAGACUGGUGAUUACUCCGCUGUACAAGGCCAAUGUGAUCCCUGAGGGCUUUGUCAACAGUGCAGUGAUCAAUGACUAUAAGCCAGGAGGCUGUAUUGUCUCUCACAUUGACCCGCCUCACAUAUUUGAAAGGCCCAUUGUCUCAGUGUCAUUCUUCAGUGAGAGCGCUUUAAGUUUUGGCUGCAAGUUCUCAUUCAAACCCAUCCGUGUGUCUAAGCCUGUGCUAACAUUACCUAUGGCACGAGGCUGUGUAACGCUGCUAAGUGGUUAUGCAGCAGAUCACAUAACACACUGCGUAAGACCAGAAGACAUUGUUUCACGUAGGGCAGUCAUUAUUUUAAGAAGGGUCAGAGAUGAUGCCCCAAGACUAGAACCUUUGCUGGAGGUUGUGUCCCCUUCAAGGAAGCGUGUGAUCAUGACAGUGGACAGCGAUUCAGACAGUUGCCAAGGAGAAAAGAACUUAUCUGACUCAAGCAGCGAUGACAACAUUAAGCCAGUCAAGGUCAAUUCAAAAGUUAUUUGCCUGUCUGAGGACCUCAACCAUAAAGAUGGCAGGUCUCAUACAACCUGUUCACCCAAAUCUGUCAAAAGGUAGCUUUAUUUCGAAGGUGCACACCAGGUGUUCAGCUGUCUUGACUUUUUCAUUUAUAUUGGAUUUUUGUUGAUUCUUUCAGUUAAUAUAAUUUUUUGAUUAAUAUAUUUUUGUAUCUUGCUCUGCCUGUUUAAAAGAUUUUUUGGAGGCAGGUCUAAGAGAAAUCUUUAUGUAUCCAAUCUGAUAUAUUUUCAAACUUCAAUUUACUAUUAGGUCAUCCCUAUCUGCAGUUAUGUAUUCAAGAUGUUUUUUUUACUGAAAUAUUAAAGUUAAUAGUUGAGUAUUAACAUUUUGAUUUUUCUAUAACCUGGUCCCCUGCUUUUUCUGGGUGUCAGUAGUGUGACACAUUGUUAACACUGUAUAUUGUCACACUUAAGGACACGUUAGACUUGUACAAAGAUAAAGGUGAGCUCUGUGAUAGACUGUAAAUUAAAUUAUGUACAUAUGCAGCAUUGUGACCUGUUUUCACUUGUCCAUUUGAUUCCUAAUGCAAUCUUUCAAACAUGGGUGUAUCCUUAUGUAUGUUUCAUUUUUAGUUCUCCUUUUUUGUUAUGACUUUGAGCCUUUCUGUUUCUCUACUAAGUGCUCAAGUUUGAAGUAAAAUUAUUAAUAUUGUGAUAUUUUUUGUUCAAUUGAAAAGUAUCUCUGUAGAUAGUAUUCAUAUAUCAUGUUCAUAUUAUAUACAUUUAUAUUUAUACAUUAUAAAAUCUUGUUAUUGCUGUUAAACUAAAUUCAACACAUCAGAAAAAGACCUCAUGUUUUGAAUGGACUUGGUGUUUAGCAAAAAUGUUAUGCUUCAAAGCAAACAUUUUUUGAGGCCCUGUGGGGGUGUUACUAUAAGAAAAAAAAAGUGAUAAACAAGGUACCACCAUUGCUGAGGUAAUAGCCUGUUGACUGGAGGUCCUCCUUCCUUUACCAACCUUUCCAUAGACUCUUGGAUUUUAAAUCUAUUGUGACAAAUAUCUUAUCAGUUUAGAAAACUAUGAAUAUUUGUGUGACACAAAUACACAUGUAUUAAUAAAUAGAUUGAGACUGUAUAUAUGAUAGAUUGAAACUGUAAUGGAUGUUAGCCUUUAAGUGUUUGAUGUGCAUGAUGAAGUGUACUCUGUGGUGUAGUCAAGUAAAACAAAUUUUGUAUCUAUUUUCUGGUGAUUUGACUGAAUCUCAUAAACUCCUAUUAGUUCUGAAUUGAAUUAUAUCAGUGCCAAUAACAGUCAAAAGCUUGAAAUAUUGAAUAAAUUGGAAGCAUGAAGUUUGAUUGACUGUUAGUGUUCAAAAUAAUUUUUACAAAAUCAACCAUGUGACCUCAAAAAUUGGUGACUUCGGUGUUAGUGUAACAUUUGGUAUCCACAAGAUUAAAAUAUAUAGUUUGUCCACGUCCUUCCCUUAUAAUUCAUAGAGCAACUUGCAGCUGAUAUGCGUAGCCAUUUGUAAUACAUUUUUUUUUUUACUUUCAAAUUAUUAGUUACAAUUUAUUUCAGAAUAUAUUUUCUUUUUUUUUUUUUUCAGAAACAUUUAGUUUAGACUAGCAUUAUUUUCCUGUGUACAUUUUGUUAUUGAGAAAUGAAUUUAUACCUUUAAUAGUAAAAAUUCUGUCAUUUAAAAUACUAGAUUUUUUUCAUCAUGUAAUAUUUAUCUAUAUAGUUGAAUCUCGAUAGUCAGAAAAAUCAAAAUCUGAAACAUAUUGGCAAUGUUUGCAUCAGCUGCACAUGCACAUUGUGAGUAUCCUGAAAAUUCGAUGACAGAUUCUUUUAAUAGUGUGCAAAUUCAUGUAAUUAAUGUAGACAGUAGUACAUCUAUUUUUCGAAUAAAGGUAGAUUAAAAAUGUACUUUAGCUCAGCAUGUGAAGGCGGAAAUGAGAUGUUUUGUAUUUAUUGAAAUACAUUUUAUUUUUUCUGUAUUGUUUGUUUUAUACCCUUGAAAAUAGAACAACAUCCUCCUGGUCCCAUAAUUGUUUGACUAUCAAAAUUGUCAACUGUAUGUAUAUAUAUAUAUAUAGAGAGAGAGAGGGGGGUUAGAUACUUUACAACAUUGAACAGACUUCAUUUUUUUUAAAGUGCAGAACUGUACUUUUGAUUAUCAGUUUUAAUUAAAAAUUAUGAUUGAAAUUGAAAGAAAGCAAAGCAGUGAAGAUAAUACAUGUAAAUCCAACUUAGGAUUCCUAGAUAUUUACUGGGGAAAGUAAAGGUGGUUGGUCAUUUUGUUGCCCACUUGAAAAACUUAAGACUACGAAGACUGGUCAAUAUCCUUGCCCUAUUGAAUUUUCAUCUUAGCGUUCAUGUCUAUCAAACUUCCAGUCACUAACACUAAAUAUAUAUAUAUAUAUUUAGAUAUCAAGGUUAUUCAAACUGUUACAAACAAAAAUCACUUUUUAAAAUAUUUAAGUAAUUUAUUGAUUAAUUUUUUUUCCAAAUAUGGCAGUGUUAUAUUUAUUACUAGAUUUUUGUAAAGUUGUGUGUGUGUGUGUAGAAUUUGCUGAAAUGUAAAUAAAAUGCUCUUCAGCUAUCUUAAUUUGUAUUGGAUAAAUGAAUAAAUACCUUCAAUCAGGACUGAUACAUCUUUUCCUUUCUCUAAUAUUAACAACACUGUAGCUGUUGUAUAAUAUAUGUGGCAGUCAAUAUAACUACAUUUUUUUUUAAUUACAAAUUUAUUUAAAAAUGAAAUACAAUGUGUUCUUUAAACUAUCAACAUGGAAAUGUUUAAAAAAUUAAAUUAUCCUUUAAUUGUAGCUGUCAGAGAAACAUUUAUCGAAAAUGUAAAUCUACUUGUCAAGUAUCAAUCAAACUUGGGAAUGGUAGCUCAUUAUAGUCAGAUGGUUCACAUUCUAAUUGAAAGAUUCUUUACAAAUUAAUUUUUAACUGUAUUGAAUAAAUGAUAUUCCGAAAUAUGUACAUUUCAAAGAUUUUUAAUUAGCCACUAAUUCUCGCUUUUUAAUAUAUAAUGUGUCCAUUUCUAUUCACUUAGUUUAUUAGAUUAAUUUCUUUUAUACAUUUAAAAUUGUAUUACAUCUAAUAAAGCCUUAACUGCCGGUGUUUUAUUUAUUUAAAAACAAAAUGAUUUUUCAAUGUUGCUUGUGGCUUACAUCUGCCCACCUCAGAGACAACCAUUUUUGUAAGAAUAAUUGUAUAAAUGAGUUUGAUUGUUGAAUCUCUAUAUGUUUAACAAGAAUUUCAGUUUGAAUUUCAA